AUGUAAAAUUUAUACGAAAUAGCAGUAAGUAGAGCUAGUGAUGCCGAUGAGAGGAUCAAUUAUUGGCGUGAACAAAGUGAAUUCGUUGAUUGGAUAGAGAAGCCAAAGGAAAUCUUGACAAAAAUAAAUGAUUAUUUUUAUCAAUGGUUUAGAGAUGGGAAAUUGAAUUUUUGUUAUAAUGCAUUGGAUAAGCAUUUGGUGUAGAGGGGAAAUCAAGUGGCUUUAUAUUGGGAAAGCAAUAUGGUUCACAAUAGUUUGCAAUACACAUUCAACGAAUUGCAUGAUCAUGUAUCUCGAUUGAGCGGCGUCUAUCGUCAAUUUGGAGUUUCAAAAGGCGAUAGAGUGAUAAUCUAUAUGCCUAUGAUUCCCGAGGCAGUAUUCGCAAUGCUGGCAUGUUCAAGAAUAGGAGCAAUUCACUCUGUGGUUUUUGGAGGGUUUUCUGCUUUGGAAUUAAGUGGAAGAAUCAAAGACUGUAAACCAACCUUAAUAAUAACUGCCUCAUGUGGAUUAGAAGUCAACAAGAUAGUGGAUUACAAGGUGAUGCUCGAUGAAGCAAUCUAAUUAGCAAACCACACUCCAAUUUGUUUGAUAGUCCAAAGACCAACCAAAUAAUGCAGCAUGGUGAUUGGAAGAGACUUCGAUUACUACACAGCUAUGAAAUUUGCCAAUCCCGUUGAGUGUGUCGAAGUGGAAAGCACUCAUCCCCUCUACAUACUCUACACUUCUGGUACCACUGGAUAACCAAAAGGCAUCUAACGUGACACUGGAGGAACUGUUGUUGCAUUGUUGUGGACAAUGAGACACAUCUUAGGAUUGAAAGCAGGCGAUGUGUACUUCUCUAUGGCAGACAUAGGAUGGGUAACUGGACAUUCUUUCACUGUCUAUGGUCCACUCUUAUAAGGAUGCUCGAUUGUUUUGUAUGAAGGCAAACCAGUCUAGACUCCAGAUCCAGGAGCUAUCUGGAGAAUAAUUGAGAAACAUAAAGUGGUUGGAUUCUACACUGCUCCUACUGCUUUGAGAGCUAUGAGGAAGGAAGAUCCCAAUGGAGAUUGGAUCAGAAAAUCCAAUAUUUCUAGUUUAAAAAGCAUCUCAAUGGCUGGAGAGAGAUGUGACAUCCCUACCUAUAAUUGGAUUCAAAGCAAUACUGGUGUAUUAAUUAAUGAUCAUUAUUGGCAAACUGAAACUGGAUGGAUCAUCUCUUGUAAUUUCAUGGAUCUACACACCUUCCCUUCCAAACCUGGCAGUGCCACUAAACCUUCUCCUGGAUUUGUCAUUAAAAUCAUGGAUAAUGAAAAUAAAGAGCUUGAAACUGGCUAAAUGGGAAGAAUCUGUGUCAGAUUGCCCAUGCCCCCAAGUUUCAUGCAGACUCUAUACAACAAUGACGAAGCCUUCAUCCAAAAGUAUCUCGCUGAUACUCCAGGAUAUUAUACUGCUGGAGAUGCUGGCUACUUUGAUUAGGAUGGAUAUCUCCAUAUCAUGACUAGAAUUGAUGACAUCAUCAAUACAGCUGGACAUAGAUUAAGCACUGCUGCCAUGGAGGAGGUUCUUCUUAAACACAAGGAUAUUGUUGAAGCUGCAGUUGUUGCCAAGUUGGAUGACUUAAGAGGUGAAAUCCCUGUUGGACUUAUUGUCAUUAAAUAGGGACAUGAUGUUCAAGCAUCCAUUUUAGAAAAAGAACUUGUUACUAUGAUUCGACAUGAUAUUGGACCCUUAGCUUGUUUCUAAAGUGCUAUUAUCGUAGAAAAGUUGCCUAAAACUAGAAGUGGAAAAGUACUUAGAGGCACUCUUAAGGCCAUUGUCAAUGGAUUGCAAUAUAAGAUGCCUGCCACUAUUGAAGAUGACUCUGUCUUAGAUAAAAUCAAAUUGAACUGUCUCAAUUAUGGAAAAGGAAUGGGAUAAUAUUGUAAUUUAGACUUUGGAAAUAAAGACAUCUAUGUCGAAGAGUGAAUUAUUUAUCAAUACAUAUAAUUUUAUUAUUAAUUUUUCUUAACUGA